CCAAGCUUACUCAAGCUUUGCUCACACCUGCCCUUUGAGGCUUAGGUAGCUCCAAUCUGCCCCACUUUCGACGGCUCAAACGAUUAUGACGCGAGUGGUAACUGCAAUUGCAUCCUUAGAGCUCGGGAAUACGAUGCGAGAUAGUUGUUAAAAGGUCGCAUAGUCCCUUCCCACUGCACGACACCAAGAGCAACCUGGAAGCUAGGAGGUCACGAUGAAAGCACCAAUCUUGUUCAGCUUUUUGGCCGCCAUUGGAUCCGCCACUCCGGCGCCUUCUCAAUGGCAGGAAAAGAGAGCAGCAACUCCGGCGUACGAAGCUCAUACCAUUGAUCAGCCGAUCGAUCACUUUCAGAAUUCAAGUCGCUAUGAUCCGCAUACGAAAGAUACGUUCAAGCAGCGAUACUUCUUCGAUUCGUCGUAUUACAAGCCCGGAGGACCAGUGUUUCUCUACAUCGGUGGAGAGACUAGCGGGGAAAGUCGGUUCUCGAACCUUGAAACUGGCAUCAUUCAGAUUCUGAUGGAGAAAUUCAAUGGUCUUGGUGUCAUUUUGGAAAACCGUUACUACGGCCAAAGCUAUCCGUACAAUAGCAGUUCAACAGACGAGCUGAGAUUCCUGACAACAGAGCAAACCAUUGCCGACAAUGCGUACUUCAGACAGCAUGCUACUUUCCCUGGAAUCAACAGCAGCCUUAGCGGUCCAUAUGUUCCUUGGAUCAUGUACGGUGGUUCUUUGGCUGGCGCACAUACUGCAUUCACUAUGAAGACCUACAACUCGAUCUUUGCUGGCGGUAUCGGCAGUAGUGCCACUACGCAAGCCUUGCUCGAAUAUCCACAAUGGUACGAUCCAAUCAUCAAGUAUGGCCCCUCCGAUUGCGUGUCCAGGGUCAUUGAUAUCGUCGACAAAAUUGAUACUCUGAUUGACUCUGGUGAUAAGACAGGAAUCCAGCAGCUAAAAGAGGUCUUCGGUCUUGGUAAUCUGCAGAGUCUCGGUGACUUUGCUAUGACGAUCGCGUUUCCCAUUGGCGGUCCUAUGAACUAUCCCACAAACACCUGGCAAGAGCUCAAUUGGAACGAGACCUACGGCUCAGAUGACUUCUGGAACUUCUGCGGGAACGUCACGAACAUCAAUCCUCCAGCUAACAUCAGUCGCAUCGAUACCGCCCUCUCCAAGUACUCAGAUGGCGAACCUUGGACAGGGCUAGGUGGCUAUGCCGACUACAUCAAGAAAACUCUGAUUCCUUCCUGCGAGAGCGGCAGAAUCAACAGCACAGACGAAGGAUGCUUCGGUACUCAGAACCAGACCUACUACGCCGAUGUCACAAACAGUGCUUCUCGCUCCUAUCUGUACUCGACCUGUCUUGAGUCCGGAGCCUACCAAGUCGCCCCCAAGCACGGCCCUUCACUGAUCUCCCGUGUGCUGCAGAAGGACUACACUCAGCAAUGGUGCACAUGGGCCUUCCCACCCGGCCAGCACAACAAGAUCCCCAAGUCACCCGAGCUGCACUACUACAACAAGUACGGCGGGUGGAACAUCAAAGCCGAGAAUCUUGCGCUCAUCGAUGGGAGCACAGAUGUCUGGCUCGAUCUGUGCUUUCACUCGGACUUGGCCCCAAAGCCAAGGGUGAGCAGCGAUAAGUAUCCGAGCUACCUGAUUGCUGGGGCUGGACAUCAUUGGGACAGCUAUGGUAUCAAGGACAUUGCGGCUGAACCAGCGUACAUCAGAGAGGCGCAUGAGUGGGAGAUUCGGACCGUGAGCAGGUUCUUGAAUUUUUGGGCAAAGAAGCAUUGAGUCACACGAAGCUUACGAGUACUAUGACAGGAGAUGGUAGUCGUCAGACUUGAAUUGUAACGACAACUCAGCGUUGUACGAUCGCAUCAAUUGCCAAGCCGUUCAUUUGAACAUU